AUGCUUCGAUCCUCAAGCUCUGUCUUGCGGCACAGGGCCUUUGGCUCCCAGAUCCCGUGUCUCCGAUACCCAGUUCGGCGUGCGCCGUUUGGUCAGCCCAUCAGAGCAGCGUCAACCGUCACCGAUGUGAAUGAGUAUCCCGAGGUAGGGGGCAAGCUCCAUGGAUUUACUGUGCAGGAGAAAAAACACGUUCCAGAGCUCCUGUUGACCGCCGUUCGGUUACGCCAUGACAAAACGGAUGCAGACUACCUGCACAUUGCCAGAGACGAUAAGAACAAUGUCUUCACUGUUGGGUUUAAGACGAAUCCCCCGGAUGCGACCGGUGUGCCGCAUAUCCUCGAGCACACGACACUUUGUGGAAGUGAGAAGUUCCCCGUCCGUGACCCGUUUUUCAAGAUGCUUCCUCGAUCUCUGUCCAAUUUUAUGAACGCCUUUACCUCAUCCGACCAUACCUCCUACCCAUUUGCGACCACCAAUAAACAGGAUUUUCAGAAUCUUCUGUCGGUGUAUCUCGAUGCCACGCUCCAUCCACUGCUCAAGGAGGAAGACUUCAGGCAAGAAGGAUGGCGGUUAGGACCCGAGAACCCCAGGGCCGCCGAACUCGCCAACACAGCUGAAGACGCCAGACCAGAAGAUGAUAUCAUUUUCAAGGGCGUGGUGUAUAACGAAAUGAAAGGCCAGAUGACGGACGCGAACUACCUAUAUUAUAUAAAAUUCAAGGAGCACAUAUUCCCUUCCAUCAACAAUUCAGGCGGCGACCCGCAGUAUAUAACAGACCUGACUCAUGAACAGCUCGUUGAUUUCUCCAAGAAGAAUUAUCAUCCAAGCAACGCAAAAUUUUUCACGUAUGGCAAUAUGCCCCUCGGUGAUCACCUCCAGCAGAUAGGCGGCGUGCUGGACGGCUUUGAAAAGAAAUCAUGUCCGUUGGACGUGAAGACUCCCCGGGAUUUAAGUACUGGGGUUGGUUAUACGCUUGAAGGGCCGAUGGAUCCCUUAACGAGUGAAGACAAGCAGGCCAAGACUUCCGUUUCGUGGCUUGCAGGCGACUCAUCCGAUGAAGUUGAAGUCUUUUCCCUAAGCAUUCUCUCCUCCCUGCUCCUUGACGGCUAUGGCUCGCCGAUGUACAAAGCGUUGAUAGAGAGUGGCCUAGGCUCGUCUUUCACGCCCAACACGGGGCUCGAUACUUCCGGAAAAGUGCCGAUUUUUUCCGUUGGGUUAAACGGAAUAUCCGAGAAGGAUGUCCCACUCGUCAAGAGCCGAAUCGAAGAGGUUUUUCAGGAUUGUUUCAAAAAGGGAUUCGACAAUGAGAAGAUCGCGGGUUAUCUUCACCAGCUAGAACUUGCACUGAAACAUAGAACUGCGAACUUUGGAACUGGCGUCAUGGAAAAAACGCUGUCGUCAUGGUUCAACGGGUUCAACCCUACCAGGGAGCUGGCGUGGAACGACACCAUCAACGCCUUCAAGGAGCGCCGGGAAGGGAAACAAUACCUAGAGAGCCUGAUGGAGACCUAUUUUAUGAACAAUAAAACCUUGACUUUCACAAUGGUAGGCUCUCCUACGUAUAAUGAAUCCCUCGCUGAGAAAGAGAGUAUCCGGAAAGAGAAAAAACUGGCAGAGUUGACCUCGAAGUUCGGUUCCGCAGAAGCGGUUUCUGAGCAUCUCAAAAAAGAAGAACUCGAGCUUUUGAAGGUCCAGGAGUCUGCUCAGCUCGCUGACGUGAGCUGCUUGCCAACUCUUCAUAUCCAAGAUAUCCCACGCCAGAUGGAACGGAGGACGGUUAGAGAAUUCAAUAUCGGUGACGUUCAGGUAGUCAUGCGAGAAGCUCCUACCAAUGGCCUGUGUUAUUUCCAAGCUCUCAACGUGUUUGACGAUCUUCCUGACGUGGCAAGGCCACUCUUGCCUCUCUUCAAUGACUGCGUGAUGCGUCUGGGGACGGCGAACCGGACCAUGGAGCAGUGGGAGGACUUGAUCAAACUCAAAACCGGCGGUGUUUCCACCUCCGCGUUUUCUGUCUCGUCGCCUUUUACCCUAGGGGAGUACUCGGAGGGCCUGCAAUUUUCAGGGUACGCCAUGGAUAAACACCUUCCAGAUAUGUUGGAUAUCAUCACGACCCUAGUCGCAGAGUCGCAUUUCUCAAGCCCAAGAGCACCAGAAACUAUUCAAGAGCUUCUCCUUUCCAGUACCAACGGUGCCUUAGAUGCUGUGGCGGGUUCGGGUCACCGGUUCGCUGUCAAUGCUGCCGCCGCUGGUCUCUCCCGAAACUUCUGGGUACAGGAGCAAAUUUCCGGCUUGUCCCAGAUUGAGGAUGCCGCUAAGUUUCUUCAUGCCUCACAAAACUCUCCCACUCAGUUCAACAACAUCAUGCAGAGGCUACAGUUGAUCCAGGCUUUUGCUCUUUCCAGAUCUCCGAAACUUCGGAUUCGUGUGGUUUGUGAGCCGGGUAGCGCCGGCGAAAUUGAAGCCAGUCUCCAGCACUGGCUUAGCCGUCUGCCAAAAGCGGCUCUUCCCCCGGCCUUGGAGAAUAACCGCCAGCCUUCAUCGUCGUCACGGCAGAUACUUUACGAACUCCCGUUCCAGGUAUCAUAUUCCGGCGUCGCGCUUCCCACGACGCCGUUCACAGGCGAGGACAGUGCCCCGCUCAGCGUGCUCUCGCAGCUCUUGACACACAAAUACCUGCAUCCCGAAAUCAGAGAAAAGGGCGGCGCUUACGGCGCCGGAGCCUCCAACGGGCCGAUCCAAGGCCUGUUCAGCUUCUCCAGCUACCGCGAUCCCAACCCGAUGAACUCGCUCAAGGUGUUUGACAACAGCGGCGUGUUUGCGCGCGACCACGCCUGGGAGGAACGCGAGCUGGCCGAAGCCAAGCUGGGCAUCUUCCAGUCCCUCGACGCUCCCAUGAGCGUGGACCGGGAAGGCCAGCGAUACUUCCUGACGGGCGUCACGCAGGACAUGGACCAGCGCUGGCGAGAGCAGGUGCUGGAUGUCACCGGUGAUGACGUGAGCAGGGUUGCUCAGAAGUAUCUUGUCGACGGAACUGAGCGCGUCGCUUGCCUUCUUGGGAAGUCGGAAAAUGUGUCUAACCCUGACGAGUGGCAGAUACGACAGGGCCUCCAGAAUAACGCCGCGAAUGCCGGUGUGGACAAUGCCACUUCAGAAGCCGACGGUGCUUCUGCCGCUGCCUCUAUAUAA